AUGCUUCGGAGCAUUAUGAUGACUUGCAUCAUCCUCCAUAACAUGAUUGUGGAGGAUGAGUAUGAUUAUGAUGCCUCUAAGAUGUUCAAACCAAAUCUUAUUAACAUAGCAUUGACAAGAAUUUAUGAACAGCCUGUGGGAGCAAAUGGACAACCACUGGAGCGCGAACCGUUGAUUAGGGACGGUCGGUACAACAACCAUAUGAUUGACCGUUAUAUGGAAAUGCAAUCUUCUUAUAUUCACGAGAGAUGUCAAGUUGACUUGAUGGAGCAUUUAUGGGCGAUGAAAGGCAAUCACAGUGGAUGA